GCUGUAACCAGAGCAGCUGAGUUUUCAAACCUCAUAUUGCUAAGGUUUAUAUGAAAGAAAAAAAGGAAAGAUAAUAGAGGUCCAUUUCUAUUUCCUGAUCGCUUUCCAUGAUUGUGUUCCCAGAAAAAUUUACUGGUAUGCUUUUGACACGGGGUGCAGAGACCCAUACGACAGAUGCAGGCUAGUGUAGCGGUGAAGUGCUGGCUCUGGAUCCAGCCUGCCUGUGUUUGAAUCCACCUCUUACCAGCCUUGGUCAAUAACUGGUGAAGGAGACAAAGUCUCAUCUGGGCUACCCCUCAGAGCCAGGCUGGCCUGGGCCUGGGAGCAACCGGAUUGCAGAUCUGGCAUUUGCCACCAGGUGGCACCAGGAGUAACUGUUCUCAGUGUCCACUGUCCUGAGGAAUUGGGAGUGGGCCCAGUUCAGGUGCUCAGUGUUUUGUGCCCUUAGAACACAGGACAAGAGUGCUCAUGGGGCCGUGAUCCUGGUAGGAAGGGGAAGCAGGCUGGAGGAAAUAGCAGGUGGAAGUGCAUGGAAUGCCAAUCCAUGCCAUGCCCCUGGAUGACGGCCACUACUUCCUUUCCCAAAGGUGGGAUGUUACCCCUUAUCCAUCUCCCCAGUCUCUACCCCAUCCUCAGAAAGAGCCCAGAGGGCGAGGGAGACUCUGUAGAGGUUUCAGUCUUCCUAGGCCACUUGCAGGACUGGGCUCCGCUGCUCCCCAGCAGAAACCACGACCACAGCACAAUGAGGGGUAAGUCAGAAGCCCUGUGAGGAUGUCCUGCUGUGCCACCUCUCAGCUGCGUAUGGGACCUGGGCCUGGCUUCAGGGCUGCUGGCUUCCAGGUUGGCAGUUGUGUCUCUAGAGAAAGGUCCAGGUUGCUCCCCGGCGGCCUCCCCCGGAAAUGCUCCGUCUUCCAUCUCUUCGUUGCCUGUCUCUUAUUGGGCUUCUUCUCCCUACUCUGGCUGCAGCUCAGCUGCUCUGGUGACGUGGCCCAGGCAGCCAGGGGACAAGGGCAGGAGACCUCGGGGCCAUCCCGGGCCUGCCCCCCAGAGCCACCCCCUGAGCACUGGGAAGAAGACGCAUCAUGGGGUCCCCACCGCCUGGCAGUGCUGGUGCCCUUCCGUGAGCGCUUCGAGGAGCUCCUGGUCUUUGUGCCCCACAUGCACCGGUUCCUGAGCAGGAAGAGGAUCCAGCACCACAUCUACGUGCUCAACCAGGUGGAUCAUUUCAGCCUUGGCCACCUGCACAGGUUCAACCGGGCGGCACUCAUCAACGUGGGCUUCCUGGAGAGCGGCAACGGCACGGACUACAUUGCCAUGCACGACGUGGACCUGCUCCCUCUCAAUGAGGAGCUGGACUAUGGCUUCCCUGAGGCCGGGCCCUUCCACGUGGCCUCCCCGGAGCUCCACCCGCUCUACCACUACAAGACCUACGUCGGUGGCAUCCUGUUACUCUCCAAGCAGCACUACCAGCUGUGCAAUGGGAUGUCCAACCGCUUCUGGGGCUGGGGCCGCGAGGACGAUGAGUUCUACCGGCGCAUCAAAGGAGCCGGGCUCCAGCUUUUCCGCCCCUCGGGAAUUACAACUGGCUACAAGACAUUUCGCCACCUGCAUGACCCAGCCUGGCGGAAGAGGGACCAGAAGCGCAUUGCAGCUCAAAAACAGGAGCAAUUCAAGGUGGACCGGGAGGGCGGCCUGAGCACUGUGAAGUACCGUGUGGAUUCCCGCACUGCGCUGUCUGUGGGCGGGGCCCCCUGCACUGUCCUCAACAUCAUGCUGGACUGUGACAAAGCCGCCACCCCCUGGUGCACACUCGGCUGAGUAGGCUGGACAGUGAGGAAGCCUGUGCCUACGGGCCGCUCUGCUGCUCACGCUCAGGACAAGGCCUCCUGCCCGGCUCCAUAGGGCGCGGAGCUGCCUGGAGCGAGACAGCGAGCUACGCAUUGGCGGCGGCCCAGCCCCAGAGUCAGGCUCGAGCUGGGACAGGACACAUGGGCUGCCUGGGACGCUGCUAGCAACCUACGGUGAUCGCAGAGGCUGAGAUGUGGCUCCCGACUGGGACUCUCCCUCUUCCUUCCUGCUCGCCCUACUCUGCCCUACUCAGACCUGCAGGCAGUGGGGAGGGUGGAACAGGACGACCUCUAACCGCCCUCCCUUUUGUUCCCUCCCACUGGACCGCCUCAGGCAGAGGUGCAGUUUAGGAGCCGUGCUGCUGAUGUAGGUGGCAGUUGUGACUGGGAGGGUUAGAACUCCAAAAACCAGAGUACAAGUCCCACAGAAAGAACAGCCAGUCCCAGCUCUAGCUGGUUGUCACCAUGCAGGAAUGUGGGUCUAGUGUCGCCAGAUCUUCUGAUUUCUCAAAAGAAACUAGGAAGCUGGAUUCUUAAGUGAAAUCUGCUGAUUUUUAAAUGAUAGCAACUCAAUGAAACUUUCAAAAAGUAUGGCAGGCAAAACAAAA